GGAAAGUAGACAGUGUAACGUAACAGCCAAUCGCAAACUCGCUUGGCCCUGCAGCAGCCAAUCGGAUUAUACCUUAGAUACGAAAGCGACAAACGAACUAAAACGUUUUUAAUCCUAGCCUACAAGGCCCGACAAGAAGCGCAGUGUAUCAUAUACAGCAGCACAGCCGAGAGGAGGCCGAGAAAAUCCGUAAUACCGAGCAAAGUUCUUUCCUAACCUCCCGCGGCAUCAUGGAGAAGUCGCAAAAGAUGCCGAAGGUAGCCAAAGUGAAGAACAAAGCGCCCGCGGAGAUACAGAUCACCGCGGAGCAGCUGCUGCGCGAGGCGAAGGAGCGCGACCUGGAGAUCCUGCCGCCGCCGCCGAAGCAGAAAAUCUCGGAUCCGCACGAGCUCGCGGACUACCAGCACCGCAAGCGCAAGGCGUUCGAGGACAUCAUUCGCAAGAACCGUAUGAUCAUCACGAACUGGAUGAAGUACGCGCAAUGGGAGGAAAGCCAGAAGCAGAUACAGCGGGCGAGAUCGAUUUACGAGCGGGCACUCGAGGUGGAUCAUCGGAACAUCGCGCUAUGGCUCAAGUACACCGAGAUGGAGAUGCGCAAUCGGCAGGUGAACCACGCCAGGAAUCUCUGGGACCGGGCGGUCACCCUGCUGCCGCGCGCCAAUCAGUUCUGGUACAAGUACACCUACAUGGAGGAGACGUUGGAGAACAUCGCCGGGGCGCGUCAAGUGUUCGAGCGGUGGAUGGAGUGGGAGCCAGACGAGCAGGCCUGGCAGACGUACAUCAAGUUCGAGCUGCGUUACAAGGAGAUCGAUAGGGCGCGACAGAUCUACGAGCGUUUCGUCAUGGUUCAUCCUGACGUGAAACAUUGGAUAAAGUACGCCCGCUUCGAGGAGUCGUACGGUUUCAUCAGGGGCGCGCGCGCAGUCUACGAGCGGGCGGUGAACUUUUACGGGGACGAGGGUUUGGACGAGAAACUGUUCCUGGCGUUCGCGAGAUUCGAGGAGGGUCAGCGGGAGCACGACCGGGCCCGCAUCAUCUACAAGUACGCGCUGGAGCACAUCCCGAAGAGCAACACCCAGGAGAUCUAUAAGGCGUACACGAUCCACGAGAAGAAGUACGGCGAUCGCUCGGGUAUCGAGGACGUAAUAGUCAGCAAGCGGAAGCAUCAGUACGAGCAGGAGAUCAAGGACAAUCCCUCGAAUUACGACGCAUGGUUCGAUUAUCUGAGAUUGGUGGAGUCGGAGAGUAACGUCGAUGUGAUUCGCGAGACGUACGAGCGAGCGAUCGCCAAUGUGCCGCCCACCAAGGAGAAGCAGUUCUGGCGAAGGUACAUCUAUUUGUGGAUCAAGUACGCUCUCUUCGAGGAACUGGAGGCCAAGGACAUCGAACGGUGCCGGCAAGUGUACAAGGUGUGCCUGGAACUAAUCCCGCACAAGCGCUUCACCUUCUCGAAGAUCUGGCUGCUUUACGCGUACUUCGAAAUACGACAGAAGGAUCUGAUGAAGGCGAGAAAGACGCUGGGUCUAGCAUUGGGAAUAUGCCCGACGGACAAACUUUAUCGCGGCUACAUCGACCUCGAGAUACAGCUGGUAGAGUUUGAUCGAUGCCGUAAACUGUACGAAAAGUUCCUCGAGUUUGGACCGGAGAAUUGCACCACGUGGAUGCGAUUUGCCGAGUUGGAGACGCGACUGGGCGAGAUUGAUCGCGCCCGAUCGAUAUACGAGUUCGCAAUCGCACGGCCAAGGUUGGACAUGCCGGAGCUGCUGUGGAAAUCGUACAUUGACUUUGAGAUCGCUCAGGGCGAGACGGAGAACGCUCGGCAGCUGUUCGAGCGACUGUUGGAGCGUACAUUGCACGUCAAGGUCUGGAUAGCGUACGCAAAGUUCGAGCUGUUAAAUCCGCAGCUGGAGGACAGUCCCGAUAACGUCAUCUUGGCGAGACGAAUUUUCGAGCGUGGAAACGACUCUCUGAGAUCCAACGGCGACACCGAGAGCCGAGUGUUACUGCUGGAAGCCUGGAAAGAUUUCGAAAGCGAGAAAGGCACUCCGGAGACUCUCGCGAAGAUCGUAGAAAAGAUGCCGCGUAGGGUGAAGAAGAAGAGGCGCAUAGUGGGCGAAGACGGCAGCGACGACGGUUGGGAGGAAGUCUUUGACUUCAUGUUUCCAGAGGAUGAGUCGCAGAGGCCAAAUCUCAAGUUCUUAGCUUCCGCGAAGGCGUGGAAAAAACAGGCUGAGCAGACUCAGUCCUGAGACAGUUAAAUUUUAUUAUAAAAGAACGGAGCACAACGUGUAAUUAACUAAGAAGACUUGAGAUUAACAAAAUUCUCUAAAGCUUUGUAAUUGUAAAAGACGUGCAUGUUUUAUAUUACCGUAUAUAUGCUGAUGAGAGCAUGUGACGAAUGAAUUGUUUAUUUAUGUAUAUAUAAACUGUGAUAUUUCAUUAUCAUAUAUUUGUUUGAGACACACAAGAAAUAUUUGUGUCUCAAACUUCACAUAUGUAAAUAGUUUGUAUAUAAAUAAAAUUCAUUUUUAAUAUAUAUAAAUACACAAAAUAAGUACGUCAUUUAGAGACUAAUCUUUGUGUUAAGUUCGAUCAGAAUUUUGUUGAAUUACUAAGUGAAAUAUCACACGAUUUUGUUUGAUUUUGAUGGGCUUAAUUUAGAGAUAUAUUAUGGGAAAUUUUUGCUACAAAGGUAAAAUAACAAUAAGAUGUCUCACUAAUUUCUAUUAUUAAUUAUCAAUUGAUUAAAUUUACGAAUUGCUAACUAGAAAAAUUUUUAAACUAAUGUUAUAUUUAAUAUUUUGUCUUUUUGCAAAUAAAUUGAUAUAAAAUAGAAUACUUUAAAUUAGUAAUUAAGUUAGGAAUAUAUAUAAUCAAUUAAGUUUUGCAGGUGCAGUUUAUAAAUUUAAUCAAGUUACUUGUAGUCGAUGAGACCAGUCUUAAUACAAUAAUAAUUAACAGAUAACAAAAAAUUCAGUGUAUGUAGACGUAAAAUAUAAAUCUAUAUUACACAUAUACUAUAUAAAUUAUA